AUGAAGGAAUUCUACCGGAGAAACGGGGUUAAGUGCGUCACGGCAGCACCUUAUCACCCUGCUACCAAUGGGCAAGCCGAAAGAAUGGUCGGUUAUUUUAAACGGGCACUGUCGAAAGAAACAUCGGGAACGCUGGCUACGCAAGUUUCAAGGAUAUUGUUUAAGCAACACACAACGUGUCACGCGACAACGGGGAAGACCCCCGCAAGACUGAUGUUCGGGCGAGAAUUACCCUCGGUUCUGGAUGGUCUCCUACCGAAACGUCACACCAGCCAGCUCGAUAAGCUACCAGAAUCAAGGACACUCCAUGAAGGUGACGUGGUCCUCAUCAGAAACUUCAGGAGCAAGCCAACAUGGGUGCAAGGAGACGUGACCAGAAGAGUGGGUCGCCGUUCGUGGAUAGUGCGCACAGAGGACGGCGAGUGCCGACGUCAUAUCGAUCACAUUAGGCUACUCCGACGUAAGGCACAACUGUUGGACACUGGCACUUCGCCUCUUCUGGCUUGGGACAUAGGCGAUACUGAGGAUCAAGUUACCAGGAACGAGGAAACGUCGUCCGUUCCACCUCCUUUGGAAGGACGGCCUAAGAGAGUCAGAAGGAAACCAGAUCGAUAUGGAGACUUUGUUUCGGAAUAG